CUUGACGCAUUGAAGCUGCGUAAUUGUUUACCAUCCUCCUUUUCGGACACUUUUCACGUCGUCGUCUUUUCCUGGGGUCUACAGUCUUCUUAUCUGUUUACACAUGCAUUUAGAUACCCCGAGCUCUGCUUGCGUUCUUCUCCACGUCGCUGUUUCUGCCACUCUCCCCCGCAUGCAUACCGCACCGCACGAUUUAGGCGUGGCCUCCGUCUGAGGCCGGCACGACAAACACUCUCGGCCACAAAGCCAACCCAACCGGCCUCGACAAAAGAAACUCCUUCGCUGUUCGUCCUCUCUCUCUGAAUGCAACUUGCUCUCGCCUUCUUGAACUAACGGCUAUUGAGUGCCCCGCGUCUAACAGAACCUACCCUGCCGUUCGCGAUCGAGCGAUCCUCCGCCGAACAUACAUCGAGUUGCGCAUCUCCAAUACGAACAUAGAUAUUCUCGCCGACGGCUGCGAUAGUCUUUGACGGUCAUAUAUCAGUAGACGGACGAGGAUUAACUACGGCCGCCCGUCGAUCCACCCGAAGCACUACUGGCUACGUUGAGCUACUAGCUUGGCCGAGCACUUACAUCGAAACUAUACAUAUUCGUAGACGACCACCAACCUGUGACUGGAGGUCCCGCACGGGAAGCUGAUGACGAUUCGAGAGUUGUAUGCGAAGCAUUAAUCCUCCGGUCUACCCACACUGAAGCGUCCAGUCAAAGGGUUAGCGCGAGCUUCGAUUCAUCAUUGAGCAUACCAUAUCGAAAGAGGCAGUAACGCAUGGCCAUCACGGACCAUUACUCCAUCAUGUCACCAAGCGAUUCACCGACUACCCAGCACUGGGAAGGCAGCCCUGCGCCGGUCAAAGAGAACAUGGUUGGAAAGACUGGACGCCUUGCCCCAAGGUGGAUCCAAGACUUGCUCAGCUCUGACCUUGAUUCCGGAUCCUUCGCAAGAAUCGAAUGGGACCAACAGGCGCGCUGCAGCAAGCCCGGAGUACCGCAUCGACUCGUCCUGGUGGGCAACCAGAGCACAUCAGAUACUCGCAACCCUGGUGUGCUGUCUUGUGUCUGCGCGAUCUGCGACUUCCACUUCUUGAUCAGAACCUGUUGGGACCCAGAUCAGCUUGUCUGUCUGUGUCGCCCUAAUGCCCUCCACUUCCCUCCGAAAGACACAGAUUUCUACCUCCAUCAUCUCGUCAACAUCAAGCAGCCGGUUCGACCGAUCAAGUCGACGUCAAACUACCAUCCUCUCAUCCGUGAGACUAUACUCGCUGUCGAGCACUUCGCCUGCUCCGCUCCUCGCUGCACACUGCAAGUUACAGUCGAGAUAUCACGGCCUCGGCUCAAGCGCGAGUGGCUACACCUCCUUCUCGAUGAGCAGCGCAUUCUGGACAAUCUGGCAAAAGCCAGGAAGCAAUCGCCGGAACGAUUCGCGGACGCAAGAGACGAUUGGUGCACAAGCGCUCCAGUCACCCUGAACACCUAUCUCAGAGACUUGCUGGACAGGCCCAAUCCACGCAACAUAUCUCAGCGUAAUAAGCGCUUCCAGGUCGUAUUUGGCGAAGAAUGCUACGUCAUUUUCAGAGCCAUCAUGUUCACAGAGGAAAAUCUCGACAAGGACGGGGUUCUUGAGCCUUACUUCAUCCCGCCCACUCUCGAACCUGGCACCCCCGGCACACCAACGGAGCUCAGCGCAUUGCGGGCAUUUGUUGAGGAUAUGCAGGCCGAGACGGAGAGUGUCAUAAUAAGAGGCGGAAAGACUGGCGAAAAUCGGCCCUACGUCGGCAACAGGCUCUUCAAAGAGCUGCAAUGUCUUGACUACCCCCAGAACAAGAUUCCACAAACAGCAACGGAAGCGCAUCGGAUUCUUGGAGUCCUCCCGGACUUCGACAAGGCACUCAUCUUUUUUGCUUACACUCGGCAGUCGGCUCUUUGUGAGAAGCGACGUUCUACGUUUGUCGAGGCCCUCAAGGAUAUUGCUCUCCUCACAAACGACGACGAUUUCCAAACCCGAGCGAUCCAAGAGCUCACCAUUAUGGACGGGAUGCCCGCUCCGGAUAGCAUUGGCGCAGGCGACGAGUUGCAAACACAGGCGUACCAAUUCUUCAGCCUCAAAUACACCGCCAGCGACGAUGAUGUCGUUUCUGCCUUCAAUACCAAGAUCGAACAUUCACCCUCUCAAGCUGACUCCGCCCGAGAAAUGCUACAAAUCAUCGGGCGCCACAGGAACAGCGAUCGCAUUCUUACCCACGCAAACGGCCCGAUGGACGUCGCCUCGGCCUAUCGCAUUCUUGAGGUAGAUCCUCAAUGGCCUGACAGCACCAUUGUGAUGAUGUCCAGUGUCAAGCUGAAUAAGGACCCGAAAAGCAAAGCUACAGAAGAAGUCGCGAUCAAGGCGAUGGAAGCUAUCGCCGAGGAUAGGAAUAGCGACGAAAUCCGCGAAGCGGCAAGGACUUUAUCUCUAUUGGCUCAAGCUCCGGAUCAGUCCGCGCAAGCUGUAGAGAUGGACGCCAGACCUUCCAGCUCAGCCAACUUACCUGUCGGUCUCGAGAAUAUCGGCAACACUUGCUACCUGAACAGCAUUCUUCAGUAUCUCAACACUGUCAUUCCCAUCAAAGACUUGCUUGCCCAUUACCCAGACUAUGAGCUAGGCCUAGAUGAUUCGCAUAUUCAACGCCGGCUGGUCGGCGGCAACAAGCUCAAAAUCGAUCGUGCCGAGGCAGUUGUUGCCCGCGCUUUCGUCGAUGAGUUGAGCAAACUCUUGGACAAUCUUAGUGGCUCUCAGGCUAGUGCUAUCCGACCAUCCCAACGUCUGGCCAAUGCCGUGCUGUUGCCGACCUCAAACUUGACCGAAGACCCUACCAAGCAACCGAGCAAGACUGCGGAGGAGCCGAAGACUCUGGAGGUCAUGGGUACCCAGUUUCCCGCCCCUCCGCCACUCCCUGCCAGGCCUGCUCCUGGGCCUCCUACACAUACGGCAGAACAUGUCGAGGACGUUGACAUGGUUAACGUCACCGUGGACCCGGUCUCUGAAUCUGCCAGCAGCGUAAGCUCUCAGACUCUGGUCAACCUUUCCGAUGUUGACUAUGAGAAGAAGGAUUACGUGCCCGAGGAUAAAACCGACAUCAGAAUCGUUUCUCAUCCAGUUGAGGAGUCCUCAGCCCGAUCCACAAACGAUGACGAUGUCAAAAUGACAGGAGUCGAUACAGCCGUUCUCAACGUGGAACAACGAGUUCUCAAGGCUUUGGAAACACAGACCCGAGACUCAGGCACAGAUCAACAAGACGUCGAAGAGGUCAUGGGCAGCAUCAUCAACCGUCUGCAGGCUGCCAUUAAGCCUACAAGGGUAGAUACCACUGAUGAGGUCCAGUGGGAGCCGAUCAUGGACACGUUCUAUGUUGAGUUGACCAACCACACGAAGUUCCCCAAUCAGGACAAGUACAAAUCAGACUCAACUCUGGAGCGUGCCAUCACGGCAUAUCCUGCUGAAGGUGGGCCGACGAACAUUCAUGACGGCCUUAGUCGCAAUUUUGAUCUCCAGCGCGUCGCUGCUGGAGAAGCAGAUAUCAUGCGAUACACGUCGAUCAAGAAGCUUCCUCCGAUCUUACACGUUCUUAUCCAGAGAACGAAAGGUGAUGGCCACAAGAACAUGAACCCGGUUGAGGUAUUCGAGACAUUGUAUCUCGACCGGUAUAUGGACACCCCGGACGACCCUCAGUUCUUCAAGUUGCGGCAGAAAGGCUGGGCUCUUCAACAGCGCUUAGACCAGCUGAACAACAUGCCCAAGACUGCGGCCGAGGAUACUCAACUCAUCGACAGUUUCAUCAGUGACUUUGUACACGUUAACAAGACUGAUGCUGAGGAGACAUCGUCACUUCUCAACGACAUGCCCACGUCGUCCCUUAGCUUCGCGGGGCAAGAGCCGACAUUCCCCAUCUACCCUCCACAGUCGGACGCGACAUUUGAAAAGGUGGAGCUGCCUGAGCCUACAGGCUUCACGGUGGAAGGACGCCAGCAGAUCAGCAACAUGCGCGAGGAUGAACUGAAGUCCCAUAAAGCGGAGCUUGAUCAGCUAUUCGCACAACACAAGAAGCAUGCGUAUCGUCUACAUGCAGUGAUCUGCCACAGUGGUCAACUCAGAGCUGGUCAUUAUUGGGUCUGGAUUCACGAUUUUGAGGCUGGAGUGUGGCGCAAAUACAAUGACAGGGUCGUCACAGAAAACGCCGACACGAAGGAGGUCAUGAAGACUCUCAACAGCAACGGCGAUCCUUACUACCUCUGUUACGUGGAAGAUGGCAAAGAAGGCGACUUGGUCAGAGUCCCUAAACGCCAGCAAGAAAACCCUGACUCUGCUGCCAAGGACGGAGAUCGGGAUGCCGAUGGGGACAUCGAACUCAUUGACGUAGAGAACAAGUGGCCGCAGGGCUCAGGCAUUCUGUCACUAAAGGAGUAGAACGCCCUGCCGAAGAAUGUCAUUCUCGACUUAUUCGGAAGUUACACCACAGAAGCGGACGUGGCAGAUGAAAAUCCAAAGGUGGAAAGGGGUCGCACAUUAAGGAGACGAAGUGCAAGUAAGUCAGGGCUUGGCUCAAGCCAUUAUCAGGUUUUCGCUAAUUGUGUCUAGUGAAGAGGACUCCGCCGAACUUUCAGAGGGCAUCACGUCCGCUGUCAGCACGCCCAUCCAAGCUACGUUUCCAGCUUGACUGAACCACGAAAUAACGAUACAAUGGCGAUACGGUGAUCCGCAUCAACUUACUGAGAGAUUGGCUUUGGACUUUGUCAGAUGAAAAGUGUAGAGUACGCGCUUGGGCCCUCAUAGAUAGCUCAUUGGAGUUCGACUUAUAAAGGCACGAGCGGGCAUGGCUUUGGUAGAGGCAUGAUCAUUUCUGACUGGGAAACAACCGCCAAUACCC